UGAAAAGAAUGGACAAUUCACUAACCUCUGAAUAAAUGGAUGUUUAGGUUAGUUUACUGUAAUGAGCGCGCGCGCGUAAAGCAAACUGAAUCAAUUCUGAACUUUAAAUAGACCUCUCUGGCUUUGAGUUUCAUUAGAGAUCAUAUAGCAUCGUUGGGAAGUAAAUGCAAUCGUCCUGAACGACGAGAAUCGUAACUACCUUAUAAUAAUGAAUAAUAAAUGAAUAAAUGAUUUAACUACCUUAUCCUGACGAUCUAGUUAUUAAAAGGAGUUUCGUCCUAUCACUUCCUUAAUCAGCUUGUCUGUACGUCAACUACCGAAAUAACAAUAGAUUAGUUGUUAUGGGAACUUAAAUUUUCUGAGUCGCAGAAUAAUAUGCAAAUAAUGCUGUGACGUUUAUUGCAUAGCAAAUUGCUAAACACUUUCGAUUUACCAGACGAGCGACCAGUUCGAUUUGAGUGUAAUAACUGAAGCCAUCUUUCAAGUUGAUCGAUUAAGAUCCUGAUGUUGGUGGAAAUUUAUUGAGAGUACCAUCCCAAGAAUCAAUGGCUUCUACAGACACUUAUCACAGCAAUGCCUCAAGUCUGGUUCAAGUGAGACCUGUUGAUGAUGAGGAUGGAGCUGCUGCUGCUGACUUCGAUGAUGAUGAACUAUGGGAGCAUGAAGGGCAGUUUGAAAAGAGCAUGCCUAGUCACCAGUUCCGUUCCAUCAGGGGUCUCCCAUCAGAAAAUGCAGUGAAAAAGGGAAUAAGAAGGACUUUGAAGAGCAGAGCUCAUAACUCUCGUGUCUCUCUGAGAAGUUUGUCUGGUGAUGGUGGAGAUGAUGCUGGAAGGUUCUAUGAAGAUGAAGUGCUUCGUGAUACGGAGUUUACAGCAGAAGAAUUUGCAGAGUUGACUAAGAGAAGACAGUCUAUCAAGGAAAUGCCCACAUCAAUUAGACGGAAACGCAGUCUCAGAGAGAAUGUUACCACAGCUGUGGUCCAAAGAGGGAAGACGAAGCGAAUUAGUGCUUGGAAACAAUUUAAGUUCACAUUUGCAAUGGGCUGGCAGCAUUUUAAGGAUGGCGCCAAAGAGAUUCUUUAUUCCAUGGAUUUGUGGAGGGGUCAUCUAAAAUUAGUUCAUGGAAUGUUUGGCUCAGGAGUAAUGUCAUACUUUGUGUUACUGCGAUGGCUGUUCCUCCUCAACAUUGUGAUACUGCUGUUAACAAUCUUCUUCCUAUUUAUACCACAAAUGAUCCAUUCUCAGAGCUCAGACAACAACAAUGCUUCCUUCACAGGAUGGGAACUACUCACAGGAGAGGGUUGGUUUGCUGCCACAGAAUUGUACUAUGGUGCAUACACCAACCAGAGUAUAACUAAAGAUGAUUUUGAGUAUAUCAUGCCUUUGGGUUACCUGUGUGUCGUAGGUGGUUAUCUGUUGCUGUGUCUGAUCAUGCUUGUUUACAGUAUGGCAAACUCUUACAGAGAGAACUACAUAUACUCUGGGGAUGAAUUCAGCUUCUAUGCAUCAAAGGUCUUUUGCUCAUGGGAUUAUGGAAUCACUGACAAAAGUGCAUCACUGUUGAAACAUAAAAGUGUUUUUAAUGAACUUCAGGAAGCCAUCGCUGAACAGAGUUAUUCAGUGGCCCAUACUUUGGGUGAGAAGUGCGAACUUUUUGGGCUUCGUAUAUUCACAAAUUUCAUUGUCUUGGCCUUGAUGGCGGGAUCAGCAUAUCUCAUCCUGUUUUCUGCAGGCCUCUCACUGCAAUCAUCAGAAGAAAAUACGGAUACAGUUGCUGUGCUGGAGAAACUUUUGCUUCCGCUUGUGGUAUCUGGUAUCAACCUUAUUUUGCCAAUGGCCUUUCGCAUUAUUGCAAGUUUAGAAAGAUACAAGAGUCCUCGAACUACUAUAAAUGUCAAUUUGGCAAGAACCACUCUGAUGAUGCUGAUUUCAGUGACGAUGGUAAUUGUUCUACUCUUUGUGGACAUUCAGCGAUGUAGGAGAGGAAAGAAUAUUUUAGGCUCAGAAACGCAGUGUGACGAAGCUAUUAAGGACUGUUGGGAAAAUUAUGUUGGAUACACUUUCUAUCGACUUGUUAUUGUCGACUUUGUUUUCCUGUUGUUAUCCACCUUCUUUGGAGAAUUUGUCCGAAGGAUUUUUACAGUCAAUUGUCAAUGUUGCCAAGUACUUGGUCCACCUGGCUUUGACAUUUCAAGGAACGUCAUUGAUCUGAUAUAUUCACAGUGUCUGUGCUGGAUUGGCACUUUCUACUGUCCCAUGCUGCCAGUUAUCCAAGUGAUAAAGCUCCUCAUUUUGUUUUACGUGAAAAGGACAAGUGUGGUGAUGAACUGCCGCCCAUCCAUGAGGCCUUUCAGAGCAUCCAGAAUGAACCUUUUGUUUCUGUUUUUACUGGCUGUGUCCUUCUUUCUGUCCAUGAUUGUGAUAGGAUAUACCAUAAUGUCAUCAGACAUAACCAACCCCUCACCUAACUGUGGUCCUUUCCGAGGACGGAAAUUCAUGUACGAAAUUGUGAUAGAAACAGUUGACAACUUACCAAAGUGGCUACAAUUAACCAUAGAGUACGCAUCCUCUGCGAGUUUUAUUGCAAUGCUGUUUUGUAUUCUCGGGAUCAUUGUAUAUUAUUUUAAAAUGCUUAAGGAUUCAAAUGAAAAGAAGAUAAAACUACUGAAAGAACAGAUUUCCUUGGCUGGUCGAGAUAAGCUUUAUCUGAUAAAGAGAAUCAAACAGGGAAUGAGCAUGCCAGUAGAUGGUGACCUGCAAUAACUUCCAAGUGCAAUUGAGCCUGUUGUGUCACUUUUUUUAACUUACCAUGAUACUGUAAUGUUUUCUAUCCUGAUACUCAGACUAUAUAUCCUAAGUUAGUGUGCAACCUUUCUUGAAAACUUUUUACAUAGUAGGAUUGUAAAAUAGGGUAGACUUAAAGAUGUUGUUUUUAUAAUAUUACAGUGAUCCAAAUUUUGCUAGAUGAUCAAUGAUAUGUAGAUACACUUUGUAAACCUUAGCUAUGCAGAUGAGGUUGAAACAAAUUGUAAUAGCUGAUGAAAACUGUAAAAGUUAUUAGGGACCUUAAGCAGUCAGGACGGCAACGCCAAGGAAGACUUUGAUUAAAAAAUGAAUUUCUACUCUUAAGUCAGAAUUUCAAAAAUGGCUGCAUGAGCUUACUGUCCCAUAAGGCGCCACACUGAGCUCAACUUCAGCAUGACGUAUAAAAGUAGCGUUGAGUUCCAAUUGGAAAUUAAAUUAAUUUGCCGUUGCGGUUUU